GCCUCCGCGAGCGGGGGCCCGGCCACUUGGAGCAGCUCUGCCGCAGGGACUGCACUAUCCGCCCUGCCAGACCCGCCCCGACUGGGGCUCGCCGUCGUCAGCAAUCACAGCACUGCGACCUCGGGCCCUUCGCCGGCUAUGGCUGCGUCCUGGGGCUGAGCCCACAGGUUGUGUGACCAAGAUUCCCAAAGAGAGAAAGACUGAUACAGUCAGAGAAGAAGGAGGGGCGGGCUACUGGCAAGGCGUUUGCUCUUGAGCAGAGUCCUGCAGAGAUGGAGAAGGAAGAAGAGACAACCCGGGAGCUGCUGCUGCCUAACUGGCAGGGCAGUGGCUCCCAUGGGCUGACCAUUGCCCAGAGGGAUGAUGGAGUCUUUGUACAGGAGGUGAUGCAGAACUCCCCUGCGGCCCGCACUGGGGUGGUCAAGGAGGGGGACCAGAUUGUGGGUGCCACCAUCUACUUUGACAACCUGCAGUCUGGUGAGGUGACCCAGUUGCUGAAUACCAUGGGACAUCACACUGUUGGUUUGAAGUUGCACCGGAAAGGGGACCGUUCCCCUGAGCCUGGACAGACUUGGACCCACGAAGUCUUCAGUUCCCGUAGCUCUGAGGUGGUUCUGAGUGGGGAUGAUGAGGACUACCAGCGCAUCUACACCACAAAGAUCAAGCCACGCCUGAGGUCGGAGGAUGGAGUAGAAGGGGACCUUGGGGAGACCCAGAGCCGUACCAUCACAGUGACCAGAAGAGUUACAGCCUACACUGUGGAUGUGACUGGUCGGGAAGGAGUGAAGGACAUUGACAUCAGCAGCCCCGAGUUCAUGAUUAAGAUACCAAGGCAUGAAGUGACAGAAAUCUCCAACACAGAUGUGGAAACCCAGCCUGGGAAAACGGUGAUACGACUGCCCUCAGGAUCCGGAGCAGCCUCUCCAAUCAUAGGCUCUGCUCUUGAUAUCCGGGCAGGUGCCAUUUCUGCUUCAGGACCAGAGCUUGAAGGUGCUGGCCACUCAAAAUUCCAGGUCACUGUGCCUGGGGCAAAGGUGGGAAGCCUAGAUGUCAAUGUCAAAGCAAAAGGCUUGGACUUGGGUGGCAAAGGAGGGAUCCAAGUUCCAGGAGUGGACGUUUCGUCUUCUCUUGGGGCUGGCUCAGUAGAGGUACAGGGCCCAUCCCUCCAGAGUGGUGAUAUUGGUAAAAUUAAAAUUCCUACCAUGAAGAUGCCAAAAUUUGGUGUCUCAGCAGGCCUGGAGGGACAGAUACCAGAGGUAGGGCUGAAUGUUUCUGCACCUGAAUUUUCUGUAGGACACAAGGGUGACAAGCCAGGCUUGGCUAUUGGGGGAAACAUCCAGGCCCCUCAUCUGGAAGUAAGUGCCUCCUCUGCCAAUAUUGAGGGGCUUGAGGGGAAGCUAAAGGGUCCCCAAAUCACUGAGCCAUCACUUGAGGGUGACUUAGGCCUGAAAGGUACCAAGCUGCAAGGGAAUAUAGGAAUGGAUGCCUGUGCUUCCAAAAUUGAGGGCAACAUCACUGGUCCAAGUGUGGAAAUCAGAACCCCUGAUGUUGAUGUUCAUGGGCUAGGGGGCAAACUGAAUGUGCCCAAGAUGAAAGUCCCUAAAUUCUCUGCAUCAGGUUCAAAGGGAGAGGGAGUUGACCUUGAUGUGGCACUGCCCACAGGUGAAGUGACCCUUCCUGGGGUCUCUGGGGAUGUCAAUCUGCCUGAGAUUGCUACUGGUGGGCUCGAAGGGAAGAUGAAGGGUGCUAAAGUCAAGACUCCUGAAAUGAUUGUCCAGAAACCUAAAAUCUCUAUGCAGGAUGUGGAUCUGAGCCUUGGGUCCUGUAAACUGAAAGGAAAUAUGAAGGUAUCUGCUCCUGAGGUGAAAGGUGAUGUUAAAGGCCCUCAGGUGGCAGUUAAAGGCUCUAGAGUGGACAUAGAGACACCAAACUUAGAAGGGGCCUUGACAGGUCCUAAGCUCAGCAGCCCUUCUGGAAAAAUAGGGACAUGUAGGAUUUCUAUGGCAGAUGUAGACUUAAAUGUAGCUGCACCUAAAGGGAAAGGGGGUGUAGAUGUCAUUCUCCCCAAAGUAGAAGGAAAAGCCAAAGGUCCUGAAGUUGAUGUCAAAGGCCCCAAAAUGGACAUCAGUGCCCCAGAUGUGGAAGUUCAUGGUCCAGAAUGGAACUUGAAGAUGCCCAAGUUCAGUGUCCCAGGAGUCAAAGGAGAAGGCCCAGAUGUUACUCUCCCCACAGGAGAUAUCAGUAUUUCAGGGCCUAAGGUCAAUGUAGAAGCUCCAAAUGUCAACAUGGAGGGUCUGGGUGGCAAACUUAAAGGCCCUGACAUUAAUCUUCCUGAAGUAAGUGUCAAGACUCCAAAGAUUUCUAUGCCUGAUGUGGAUCUGCAUAUCAAGGGGCCAAAGAUGAAGGGAGAAUAUGAUGUAACAACACCAAAGCUUGAGGGAGAACUGAAAGGCCCCAAAGUGGACAUUGACACCCCACAAGUGGAUGUUCAUGGACCAGACCUGAAGAUUCCCAAGAUGAAAAUGCCCAAAUUCAGCGUGCCAGGGUUCAAAGCAGAGGGCCCAGAAAUGGACGUGACCCUGCCCAAGGCAGACAUUGACAUUUCUGGGACAAAGGUGGAAGUCAGUGCUCCAGAUGUAAGCAUUGAAGGACCAGAAGGAAAGUUGAAAGGGCAUAAGUUUAAAAUGCCUGAAAUGAAUAUCAGAGCUCCAAAGAUCUCCAUGCCAGAUGUGGACUUACACUUAAAAGGCCCCAAUGUAAAGGGAGAAUAUGAUGUCACAGUGCCAAGGGCAGAGGGUGAGAUUAAAGUUCCUGAUGUUGAACUUAAAAGUGCUAAAGUGGACAUCGAUGUUCCAAAUGUGGAUGUUCAAGGUCCUGAAUGGCAAAUGAAGAUGCCCAAGAUAAAAAUGCCCAAGUUUGGCAUGCCAGGCUUCAAGGCAGAGAGCCCAGAAGUGGAGGUGAAUCUCCCAAAGACCGACAUUGAUAUCUCAGGACCCAAGGUAGAUGUCAAAGUUCCAGAUGUGAACACUGAAGGACCUGAAGGAAAGCUGAAGGGUCCUAAGCUGAAGAUGCCUGAGAUGAAUAUCAAGGCCCCAAAGAUAUCCAUGCCUGAUGUGGAUUUGCAUAUGAAAGGUCCCAAGGUAAAAGGAGAAUAUGAUGUCACAAUGCCCAAAUUGGAAGGAGACUUGAAAGGCCCCAAAGUAGAUGUCAGUGCUCCAGAUGUUGAUGUUCAUGGCCCCGAUUGGAACUUGAAAAUGCCAAAGAUUAAAAUGCCCAAAUUCAGCAUGCCUAGUCUCAAGGGAGAAGGUCCAGAGUUGGAUGUGAACAUGCCUAAGGCUGAUGUGGACAUUUCUGUACCAAAGCUAGAUAUUAGUGCUCCAGAUUUGAACCUUGAAGGACCAGAAGGGAAGUUGAAAGGCCCCAAAUUUAAGAUGCCUGAGAUGCACUUCAAGGCUCCAAAGGUGUCUUUACCAGAUGUGGACCUAGAUCUCAAAGGGCCCAAAGUGAAAGGAAAUCUAGACAUGUCUGCACCAAAAAUAGAGGGAGAGAUGAAAGUUCCGGAUGUGGACAUUAAAGGUCCAAAUGUAGAUAUUAAAGCACCAAAAGUGGAUGGGCAAGGCCCAGACUGGAGCCUGAAGAUGCCCAAGAUGAAAAUGCCCAAGUUCAGUAUGCCUACUCUCAAAGGUGAGGGUCCAGAUGUGGAUGUGAACCUGCCUAAGGCUACUAUUGAUGUCUCAGGACCUAAACUUGACAUUGAAACCUCAGAUGUGAGCCUUGAGGGUCCAGAAGGAAAGCUGAAGGGCCCCAAGUUUAACAUGCCUGACAUGCACUUCAAGGCCCCAAAGAUCUCCAUGCCUGAUGUGGACUUAAGCAUGAAAGGCCCCAAAGUCAAGGGGGACAUGGAUGUGACAGUACCUAAGAUAGAAGGUGAAAUGAAAGUUCCAGAUGUAGACAUCAAAGGCCCCAAAGUAGACAUUAAUGUUCCAGAUGUGGAUGUGCAGGGCCCAGACUGGCACCUGAAGAUGCCCAAGAUGAAAAUGCCCAAGUUCAGCAUGCCUGGCUUCAAAGGAGAGGGCCCUGAAGUAGAUGUUAACCUGCCCAAGGCUGACCUUGAUGUCUCAGGACCCAAAGUUGAUAUUGAAGCCCCAGAUGUGAGCAUCGAGGGACCAGAAGGGAAGCUGAAGGGCCCAAAGUUUAAGAUGCCUGACAUGCACUUCAAGGCCCCCAAGAUUUCCAUGCCUGAUGUGGACUUGAAUAUUAAGGGACCCAAAGGAAAAGCAGAUGUGGACGCAUCAUUGCCUGAGGUGGAGGGUGAAAUAAAAGUGCCAGAUGUGGACAUUAAAGGGCCCAAAGUUGGCAUUGAUGCUCCAGAUGUUGAAGUUCAUGGCCCAGACUGGCACCUUAAGAUGCCUAAGAUAAAAAUGCCAAAGUUCAGUAUGCCUGGCUUCAAAGGAGAAGGCCCAGAAGUAGACAUCCCUAAGGCCAACAUUGAUGUUUCAGGACCCAAGGCAGACAUUGAUGUUCCAGAUGUAAAUAUUGAAGGUACAGAGACAAAACUAAAAGGUCCAAAAUUUAAGAUGCCAGAAAUGAACAUAAAGCCUCAGAAGAUAUCCAUGCCAGAUGUCAGCUUGAAUUUGAAAGGCCCUAAGGUAAAAGCAGAAUGUGAUGUCUCAGUUCCAAAAGUGGAAGGGGAAAUAAAAGCUCCAGCUGUUGACAUCAAAGGCCCCAAAGUAGAGGCACCAGAUGUGGAAGCUCAUGGUCCAGACUGGCACCUGAAGAUGCCCAAGGUGAAAAUGCCCAAGUUCAGCAUGCCUGGCUUCAAAGGAGAGGGCCCAGAAGUAGAUGUAAAUCUUCAGAAGGCCAACAUUGAUGUCUCAGGACCCAAAAUGGACAUUGAUGUUCCAGAUGUGAAUAUUGAAGGUCCAGAAGGGAAACUAAAGGGUCCCAAGUUCAAGAUGCCAAGCAUGAAUAUACAGACACACAAAAUCUCUAUGCCUGAUGUUGGGCUUAAUUUGAAAGGACCUAAACUGAAAAGUGGUGUAGAUGUUUCUCUUCCAAAAGUUGAGGGCGAUUUGAAAGGUCCCGAAGUUGAUGUGGAUGUUGGUGAUAUUGAUAUUGAAUGUCCAGAAGGGAAGCUGAAGGGUCCUAAGUUUAAGAUGCCUGACAUGCAUUUCAAGGCCCCUAAGAUCUCCAUGCCUGAUGUAGAUUUACACCUGAAAGGCCCCAAAGUCAAGGGGGACAUGGAUGUGACAGUGCCCAAGAUAGAAGGUGAAAUGAAAGUUCCAGAUGUGGACAUCAAAGGCCCCAAAGUGGACAUCAGUGCCCCAGAUGUGGAUGUUCAUGGUCCAGACUGGCACCUGAAGAUGCCAAAGAUGAAAAUGCCCAAGUUCAGCAUGCCUGGCUUCAAAGCAGAGGGCCCUGAAGUGGAUGUUAACCUGCCAAAGGCUGACCUUGAUGUCUCAGGACCCAAGGUGGACAUUGAUGUUCCUGAUUUGGAUAUUGAGGGCCCAGAAGGAAAACUGAAAGGCUCCAAAUUUAAGAUGCCUAAGUUGAAUAUCAAGGCUGCCAAGAUAUCUAUGCCUGAUGUGGACUUGAAUUUGAAGGGGCCCAAAAUCAAGGGGGACAUGGAUGUGGCAGUGCCAAAAUUAGAGGGAGAAUUAAAAGGCCCAAGUGUGGAUGUGGAAGUGCCUGAUGUUGACCUGGAAUGUCCUGAAGCAAAGUUGAAAGGCCCCAAGUUCAAGAUGCCUGACAUGCACUUCAAGGCCCCUAAGAUCUCCAUGCCUGAUGUGGACUUGCAUCUGAAAGGCCCCAAAGUCAAGGGGGACAUGGAUGUGGCAGUGCCAAAAUUAGAGGGAGAAUUAAAAGGCCCAAGUGUGGAUGUGGAAGUGCCUGAUGUUGACCUGGAAUGUCCUGAAGCAAAGUUGAAAGGCCCCAAGUUCAAGAUGCCUGACAUGCAUUUCAAGGCCCCUAAGAUCUCCAUGCCUGAUGUUGAUUUACACUUGAAAGGCCCCAAAGUCAAGGGGGACAUGGAUGUGGCAGUGCCAAAAUUAGAGGGAGAAUUAAAAGGCCCAAGUAUGGAUGUGGAAGUGCCUGAUGUUGAUCUUGAAUGUCCUGAAGCAAAGUUGAAAGGCCCCAAGUUCAAGAUGCCUGACAUGCACUUCAAGGCCCCUAAGAUCUCCAUGCCUGAUGUUGAUUUACACUUGAAAGGCCCCAAAGUCAAGGGGGACAUGGAUGUGGCAGUGCCAAAAUUAGAGGGAGAAUUAAAAGGCCCAAGUAUGGAUGUGGAAGUGCCUGAUGUUGAUCUUGAAUGUCCUGAAGCAAAGUUGAAAGGCCCCAAGUUCAAGAUGCCUGACAUGCAUUUCAAGGCCCCUAAGAUCUCCAUGCCUGAUGUUGAUUUACACUUGAAAGGCCCCAAAGUCAAGGGGGACAUGGAUGUGACAGUGCCCAAGAUAGAAGGUGAAAUGAAAGUUCCAGAUGUGGAUAUCAAAGGGCCCAAAGUUGACAUCAAUGCCCCAGAUGUGGAUGUGCAGGGCCCAGACUGGCACCUGAAGAUGCCCAAGAUGAAAAUGCCCAAGUUCAGCAUGCCUGGCUUCAAAGGAGAGGGCCCAGAAGUAGAUGUGAGCCUGCCCAAGGCUGACUUUGAUGUCUCAGGCCCCAAGGUGGACAUUGAUGUUCCUGAUGUGAACAUUGAAGGGCCAGAAGGGAAGCUGAAGGGCCCCAAGUUCAAGAUGCCUGACAUGCACUUCAAGGCUCCCAAGAUUUCCAUGCCUGAUGUUGAUUUCAACUUAAAGGGUCCUAAAAUCAAAGGAGAUAUUGAUGUUUCAGUCCCAAAGCUUGAAGGAGAACUAAAGGGUCCAGAACUGGAUGUCAAGGGCCCCAAAUUGGAUGCCAACAUACCAGAAGUAGCUGUGGAAGGCCCAGAAGGUAAAUGGAAAAGUCCCAAGUUCAAAAUGCCCGACAUGCACUUCAAAUCUCCUAAAAUCUCCAUGCCAGACAUUGAUCUUCACUUAAAGAGUCCAAAGAUAAAGGGGGAGGUGGAUGUAGAUGUCCCCAAAUUGGAAGGAGACCUCAAAGGGCCAAAGGUGGACAUGAGCGGGCCAGACAUUGAGAUUGAAGGACCAGAGGGCAAAUUGAAAGGACCGAAGUUCAAGAUGCCUGAGAUGAACAUCAAGGCCCCCAAGAUCUCCAUGCCUGACUUUGAUUUGCAUCUUAAGGGUCCCAAAGUGAAGGGUGAUGUAGAUGUUUCCCUGCCCAAAGUAGAAGGUGACAUUAAAGGCCCAGAGAUUGACAUCAAAGGUCCCAAAGUGGACAUUGAUGUUCCAGAUGUGGAUGUGCAGGGCCCAGAUUGGCACCUGAAGAUGCCCAAGAUGAAAAUGCCCAAGUUCAGCAUGCCUGGCUUCAAAGCAGAGGGCCCUGAAGUGGAUGUCAACCUGCCCAAGGCUGACCUUGAUGUUUCAGGACCCAAGGUGGACAUUGAAGGCCCUAAUAUUAAUAUUGAAGGACCAGAAGGGAAACUAAAGGGCCCUAGGUUUAAAAUGCCUGAGAUGAACAUCAAGGCUCCCAAGAUCUCCAUGCCUGACAUUGAUUUAAACCUGAAAGGCCCCAAAGUGAAGGGUGAUGUGGAUGUGUCUCUGCCCAAAGUGGAAGGUGAGAUUAAAGUUCCUGAAGUUGACAUCAAAGGCCCCAAAGUGGACAUCAAUGCUCCAGAUGUGGAUGUGCAGGGUCCAGAUUGGCACCUGAAGAUGCCCAAGGUGAAAAUGCCCAAGUUCAGCAUGCCUGGCUUCAAAGGAGAGGGUCCAGAAAUAGAUGUGAGCCUGCCCAAGGCUGACCUUGAUGUCUCAGGACCCAAGGUGGACAUUGAUGUUCCAGAUGUCAAUGUUGAAGGUCCAGAUGCAAAACUGAAGGGCCCCAAAUUCAAGAUGCCCGAAAUGAACAUCAAGGCUCCCAAGAUCUCCAUGCCAGAUUUACAUCUUAAGGGUCCCAAAGUGAAGGGUGAUGUAGAUGUUUCUCUUCCCAAAGUGGAAGGUGACUUCAAAGGCCCAGAGGUUGACAUCAAAGGCCCCAAAGUGGAUGUUCCAGAUGUGGAUGUUCAUGGUCCAGAUUGGCACCUGAAGAUGCCCAAGGUGAAAAUGCCCAAGUUCAGCAUGCCUGGCUUCAAAGCAGAGGGCCCAGAAGUAGAUGUGAGCCUGCCCAAGGCUGACCUUGAUGUCUCAGGACCCAAGGUGGACAUUGAUGUUCCAGAUGUGAAUAUUGAAGGACCAGAAGGGAAACUGAAGGGUCCCAAGUUCAAGAUGCCUGAGAUGAACAUCAAGGCUCCCAAGAUCUCUAUGCCUGACAUUGACUUAAACCUGAAAGGCCCCAAAGUGAAGGGUGAUGUGGAUGUGUCUCUGCCCAAAGUGGAAGGUGAGAUUAAAGUUCCUGAAGUUGACAUCAAAGGCCCCAAAGUGGACAUUGAUGUUCCAGAUGUGGAUGUUCAUGGUCCAGACUGGCACCUGAAGAUGCCCAAGAUAAAAAUGCCCAAGUUCAGCAUGCCUGGCUUCAAAGGAGAGGGUCCAGAAGUAGAUGUGAGCCUGCCCAAGGCUGACCUUGAUGUCUCAGGACCCAAGGUGGACAUUGAUGUUCCAGAUGUGAAUAUUGAAGGUCCAGAUGCAAAACUGAAGGGUCCCAAGUUCAAGAUGCCUGAGAUGAACAUUAAGGCUCCCAAGAUCUCAAUGCCAGAUUUGAAUCUUAAUCUUAAAGGCCCCAAUCUGAAAGGAGAUAUGGAUGUUUCCAUUCCAAAUACAGAGGGUGAUUUGAAAGGCCCUUCUCUUGACAUAAAGGGCCCCAAAGUAGAUGUAAGUGCUCCAGAUAUUGACAUUCAUGGUCCUGAGGGCAAAUUGAAAGGUCCCAAACUGAAAAUGCCUGAUAUGCAUGUAAACAUGCCCAAGAUCUCCAUGCCAGAAAUUGACUUAAAUUUAAAGGGCUCAAAGGUCAAGGGAGAUGUUGAUAUCUCUGGACCCAAACUGGAGGGUGACAUUAAAUCUCCCAAGGUGGAUGUUACGGGCCCAGAAGUGGACAUUUCUGCUCCUAAAGUCAGUAUUGAUGGGAAAGCAAAGAAAUCUCGUUUUAAGCUUCCCAAAUUUAAUUUUUCUGGGUCCAAAGUUCAGACACCUGAAGUGGAUGCCAAACUUAAAAAGCCAGACAUUGAUAUAACAGCUCCAAAAGUUGAUGUUAAUGCUCCAGAAGUUGAAGUCCAAGGUAAAGUGAAAGGAUCCAAGUUUAAAAUGCCUUUCCUGAGCAUUUCAUCUCCCAAAGUCUCCAUGCCCGAUGUGGAGCUAAACUUGAAAGGUCCUAAAGUCAAAGGAGACUUAGAUGCAGCAGGCCCAAAUUUAGAAGUAGACUUGAAAGGUCCCAAAGUGGAUGUUAACACACCAGAUGUUCAACUUAAUGCUCCAGAUGUGGAUGUUCAUGGUCCAGAAUGGAAUGUGAAAAUGCCCAAGAUGAAAAUGCCCAAGUUCAGUGUGUCUGGUGUAAAAGCAGAAGGGCCUGAUGUGGGUGUGGAUUUACCAAAAGGAGACAUCAAUAUAGAAGGUCCCAGUAUGAAUAUCCAAGGCCCAGAACUUAAUGUGGAAUGUCCAGAGGGAAGCUUAAAAGGCCCCAAAUUUAAGAUGCCUGAGAUGAACAUCAAGGCUCCCAAGAUCUCCAUGCCUGACAUUGACUUAAACUUGAAAGGCCCCAAAGUGAAGGGUGAUGUGGAUGUGUCUCUGCCCAAAGUGGGAGGUGAGAUUAAAGUUCCUGAAGUUGACAUCAAAGGCCCCAAAGUGGAUGUUCCAGAUGUGGAUGUUCAUGGUCCAGACUGGCACCUGAAGAUGCCCAAGGUGAAAAUGCCCAAGUUCAGCAUGCCUGGCUUCAAAGGAGAGGGUCCAGAAAUAGAUGUGAGCCUGCCCAAGGCUGACCUUGAUGUCUCAGGACCCAAGGUGGACAUUGAUGUUCCAGAUGUGAAUAUUGAAGGUCCAGAUGCAAAACUGAAGGGUCCUAAGUUCAAGAUGCCUGAGAUGAACAUCAAGGCUCCCAAGAUCUCCAUGCCUGACAUUGACUUAAACCUGAAAGGCCCCAAAGUGAAGGGUGAUGUGGAUGUGUCUCUGCCCAAAGUGGAAGGUGAGAUUAAAGUUCCUGAAGUUGACAUCAAAGGCCCCAAAGUGGACAUUGAUGUUCCAGAUGUGGAUGUUCAUGGUCCAGACUGGCACCUGAAGAUGCCCAAGGUGAAAAUGCCCAAGUUCAGCAUGCCUGGCUUCAAAGCAGAGGGCCCAGAAGUAGAUGUGAGCCUGCCCAAGGCUGACCUUGAUGUCUCAGGACCCAAGGUGGACAUUGAUGUUCCAGAUGUGAAUAUUGAAGGUCCAGAUGCCAAACUGAAGGGUCCUAAGUUCAAGAUGCCUGAGAUGAACAUCAAGGCUCCCAAGAUCUCCAUGCCUGACUUUGAUUUGCAUCUGAAAGGACCCAAAGUGAAGGGUGAUGUAGAUAUUUCCCUACCCAAAGUGGAAGGUGACCUCAAAGGCCCAGAGGUUGAUAUCAAAGGUCCCAAAGUGGACAUCAAUGCUCCAGAUGUGGAUGUGCAGGGUCCAGACUGGCACCUGAAGAUGCCCAAGGUGAAAAUGCCCAAGUUCAGCAUGCCUGGCUUCAAAGCAGAGGGUCCAGAAGUAGAUGUGAGCCUGCCCAAGGCUGACCUUGAUGUCUCAGGACCCAAGGUGGACAUUGAUAUUCCUGACGUGAAUGUUGAGGGUCCAGAUGCAAAACUAAAGGGCCCCAAGUUCAAGAUGCCUGAGAUGAACAUCAAGGCUCCCAAGAUCUCCAUGCCAGAUUUACAUCUUAAAGGUCCCAAAGUAAAGAGUGAUGUAGAUGUUUCUCUACCUAAAGUAGAAAGUGAACUUAAAGGCCCAGAGGUUGACAUCAAAGGCCCCGAAGUGGACAUUGAUGUUCCAGAUGUGGAUGUUCAUGGCCCAGACUGGCACCUGAAGAUGCCCAAAAUAAAAAUGCCCAAGUUCAGCAUGCCUGGCUUCAAAGCAGAGGGUCCAGAAAUAGAUGUGAGCCUGCCCAAGGCUGACCUUGAUGUCUCAGGACCCAAGGUAGACAUUGAUGUUCCAGAUGUGAAUAUAGAAGGUCCAGAUGCAAAACUGAAGGGCCCCAAGUUCAAGAUGCCUGAAAUGAACAUCAAGGCCCCCAAGAUCUCCAUGCCAGAUUUACAUCUUAAGGGUCCCAAAGUGAAGGGUGAUGUAGAUGUUUCUCUUCCCAAAGUGGAAGGUGACUUCAAAGGCCCAGAGGUUGACAUCAAAGGCCCCAAAGUGGACAUUGAUGUUCCAGAUGUGGAUGUUCAUGGCCCAGACUGGCACCUGAAGAUGCCCAAGGUGAAAAUGCCCAAGUUCAGCAUGCCUGGCUUCAAAGGAGAGGGUCCAGAAGUAGAUGUGAGCCUGCCCAAGGCUGACCUUGAUGUCUCAGGACCCAAGGUGGACAUUGAUGUUCCAGAUGUGAAUAUCGAAGGACCAGAAGGGAAACUGAAGGGCCCAAAGUUUAAAAUGCCUGAUCUCCACCUCAAGGCACCCAAGAUCUCAAUGCCAGAAGUUGACCUGAAUUUGAAAGGGCCAAAGUUGAAGGGUGAUGUAGAUGUUUCUCUACCUAAAGUGGAAGGAGACCUCAAAGGCCCUGAGGUUGAUAUCCAGGGUCCCAAAAUGGACAUCAGUGCCCCAGAUGUGGAUGUUCAUGGCCCAGACUGGCACCUGAAGAUGCCCAAGGUGAAAAUGCCCAAGUUCAGCAUGCCUGGCUUCAAAGCAGAGGGCCCAGAAGUAGAUGUGAGCCUGCCCAAGGCUGACCUUGAUGUCUCAGGACCCAAGGUGGACAUUGAUGUUCCAGAUGUGAAUAUUGAAGGUCCAGAUGCCAAACUGAAGGGCCCCAAAUUCAAAAUGCCUGAGAUGAACAUCAAAGCACCCAAAAUCUCCAUGCCUGACUUUGAUUUGCAUCUGAAAGGCCCCAAAGUGAAGGGAGAUGUGGAUGCUUCAUUGCCUAAAAUGGAAGGCGAAAUAAAGGGUCCUGGUAUUGAUAUCAAGGGCCCCACUGUGGAUAUUGACACUCCUGAUGUCAGUAUUGAAGGUCCAGAAGGAAAAUUAAAAGGACCCAAAUUUAAAAUGCCAGACAUGCAUAUCAAAGCACCCAAGAUCUCCAUGCCUGACUUUGACUUAAAUCUAAAAGGGCCUAAAGUUAAGGGUGAUGUGGACCUUGCACUCCCUAAUGUGGAAGGUGACCUUAAAGGGCCAGAAAUAGACAUUGAGGGUCCUGAAGGAAAACUUAAAGGCCCCAAAUUUAAGGUGCCUGAUGUCCAUUUCAAAACUCCACAAAUCUCAAUGAGUGACAUUGAUUUGAACAUGAAAGGACCUAAGAUAAAAGGAGAUUUGGACAUUUCUAUUCCUAAACCAGAAGGGGAGUUGAAAGGUCCUAAAGUGGAUGUCAAAGGCCCUAAGCUGGAUAUUGACACUCCUGAUAUUGAUAUUCAUGGUCCAGAAGGGAAACUGAAGGGCCCAAAGUUUAAAAUGCCUGAUCUCCACCUCAAGGCACCCAAGAUCUCAAUGCCAGAAGUUGACCUGAAUUUGAAAGGGCCAAAGGUGAAGGGUGAUGUAGAUGUUUCUCUACCUAAAGUGGAAGGAGACCUCAAAGGCCCUGAGGUUGAUAUCCAGGGUCCCAAAAUGGACAUCAGUGCCCCAGAUGUGGAUGUUCAUGGCCCAGACUGGCACCUGAAGAUGCCCAAGGUGAAAAUGCCCAAGUUCAGCAUGCCUGGCUUCAAAGCAGAGGGCCCAGAAGUAGAUGUGAGCCUGCCCAAGGCUGACCUUGAUGUCUCAGGACCCAAGGUGGACAUUGAUGUUCCAGAUGUGAAUAUUGAAGGUCCAGAUGCAAAACUGAAGGGUCCUAAGUUCAAGAUGCCCGAGAUGAACAUCAAGGCUCCCAAGAUCUCCAUGCCUGACAUUGACUUAAACCUGAAAGGCCCCAAAGUGAAGGGUGAUGUGGAUGUGUCUCUGCCCAAAGUGGAAGGUGAGAUUAAAGUUCCUGAAGUUGACAUCAAAGGCCCCAAAGUGGACAUUGAUGUUCCAGAUGUGGAUGUUCAUGGUCCAGACUGGCACCUGAAGAUGCCCAAGGUGAAAAUGCCCAAGUUCAGCAUGCCUGGCUUCAAAGCAGAAGGUCCAGAAGUAGAUGUGAGCCUGCCCAAGGCUGACCUUGAUAUCUCAGGACCCAAGGUGGACAUUGAUGUUCCAGAUGUGAAUAUUGAGGGUCCAGAUAUGAAAGUGAAAGGUCCCAAAUUCAAGAUGCCUGAGAUUAAUAUCAAGACUCCCAAGAUUUCUAUGCCUGAUGUUGACCUGGAGUUAAAAGGACCCAAAGUAAAAGGAGCCUUUGAUGGGUCUGUUCCUAAGAUUGAAGGUACUCUCAAAGGACCUGAAAUAGACCUGAAAGGUCCAGGGCUGGAUUUUGAAGGUCCCGAUGCUAAACUUAGUGGUCCUAACUUGAAGAUGCCAUCGUUGGAGAUGUCUGUUCCUAAAAUAACUGGGCCUGAUGCUAAUGUGCACCUCAAGACACCGAAAGUUGGAAUUUCUGGGCCUAAGUUAGGAGGUGGUGAAGUAGAUCUCAAGGGGCCUAAAGUUGAUUUAGAAACGCCAAGCUUAGAUGUCCACAUGGAGAGCCCAGACAUCAAUAUUGAGGGGCCAGAUGUUAAAGUUCCGAAGUUUAAGAAACCUAAGUUUGGAUUUGGUGCAAAAAGCCCCAAAGCUGACAUCAAGACACCCACAGUUGAUGUGAAUGUCCCUGAAGCAGAGCUGAGUGUUGAUUCUCCUGAAAUAAACAUCGGUGGCAAGGGCAAGAAAAGCAAGUUUAAAAUGCCUAAAAUUCACAUGAGUGGUCCUAAAGUUAAAGCCAAAAAACAGGGAUUUGAUUUGAAUAUUCCUGGAGGUGAGAUCGAUGCCAGUCUCAAAGUUCCUGAUGUAGAUGCCAGUGUUGCAGGGCCUGAUGCUGCACUCAAAGCUGAAGUAAAAUCUCCCAAAGUCAAGAAAACUAUGUUUGGAAAAAUGUACUUUCCAGAUGUAGAAUUUGACAUUAAGUCACCUAAAUUUAAAGCAGAGGCUCCCCUACCUAGCCCCAAGCUGGAGGGUGAAAUCAAGGUACCAGAUGUGGAUGUUUCUUCACCAGGGAUUAAUGUGGAAGCUCCUGAUAUUCAUGUGAAGGCUCCCAAGUUCAAGGUGCCAGGAGUGGAAGCCUCAGGGCCAAAGAUAGAGGGCAACUUGAAAGGUCCCAAGGUACAGGCAAGCUUGGACACACCUGACAUCAACAUCGAAGGCCCUGAAGCUAAAAUCAAAGCACCCUCUUUUAGUGUUUCUGCUCCUCAAGUCUCCAUACCUGAUGUAAAUGUUAAGUUGACAGGACCAAAGAUAAAGGGUGAUGUUCCCAGUGUGGGACUGGAAGGACCUGACAUAGAUCUGCAAGGUCCAGAAGGAAAAAUCAAGUUCCCUAAGUUUUCAUUGCCCAAGAUCAGUGCCCCUGGUGUGAAAGUGGAAGGUGGGAGCACUGAGAUUCAGAUGCCCUCUCUUGAAGGAGGGUUGAGUACAACAGAUGUUAAGCUUGAAGGGCCUGAUAUGUCUCUAAAAGGCCCAGGAGUGGACUUGCCUUCGGUGGACCUCUCUAUGCCCAAAGUGUCUGGGCCUGAUCUUGACCUGCACUUGCAAGGACCAAGUUUGAAGGGAGACCUGGGUGCCUCCAGUCCAAGCAUGAAGCUACACGCCCCAGGUCUUGACCUCAAAGGUGUUGGUGGAAAAGUACAGAUAGGAGCAGAUGGUAUGAAAGUGUCGGGGAUUGAUGCCACAACGGCACUCAGUGUGGGGGCACCAGAUGUGACACUGAAGGGACCAAGUCUACAAGGAGAUCUGACUGUGGCUGGAGACAUCAAAUGCCCCAAAGUAUCUGUGACUACUCCUGAUGUUAGCUUGGAGGCCUCAGAAGGUGGUGUCAAACUUCCCCAAAUGAAGCUGCCUCAGUUUGGCAUCUCUACUCCGGGGUCCGACUUGGACAUUAACAUCAAGGGGCCACAAGUUUGUGGAGAACUGAAGGGUUCAGGGAUGGAUGUGAAUCUGAAAGGGCCUCAGAUCUCAGCACCAGGCAUGGACUUUAAUUUCGAAGGACCAAAAGUGAAGGGGAACCUCGGGGCUGCUGGAGAAUUGAAAGGCCCAGUGAUUGGGGGAGGUCUUCCCGGCAUCAGCAUUCAAGGCCCAGAAGGAAAUCUCCAAAUGCCUGGAAUUAAGGCUUCUGGAUGUGAUGUGAAACUCUCAUCAGGGCAGAUUUCUGGUCCUGAAAUUAAAGGAGAUCUGAAAGGUUCAGGAAUAGGUCUCCAUGGGGCUGUUCCUGAUAUCAGUGUCAAGGCGCCUUCCUUUAAUGUGGCAUCUCCUGAAACAGAUUUUGGUGUCAGUUUGAAGGGCCCCAAAGUCAAAGGAGGCAUAGAUGUUUCAGGGGGUGCCAGUGUCCCAGAUAUCAACCUGGGUGAAGGGCAUAUGAGUGUCAAAGGCUCUGGAGUUGAGUGGAAGGGACCCCAAGCCUCCUCUUCUCUAAACUUGGAUACAUCUAAACUCGCUGGGAACCUUCAUUUCUCAGGACCAAAGAUAGAAGGAGAUGUGAAAGGGGGCCAGAUCGGACUCCAGGGUCCUGGGCUGAGUGUGUCUGGGCCUCAAGGUCACUUGGAAAGUGGAUCUGGAAAAGUAACAUUCCCCAAGAUGAAGAUCCCUAAAUUUACCUUCUCUGGCCGAGAGCUCAUUGGUAGAGAAGUAGGAGUGGAUGUCAACUUCCCUAAAGUGGAGGCCAAUGUGCAGGCUGGUGCUGGAGAAGGCGAGUGGGAAGAGUCUGAAGUAAAACUUAAAAAAUCCAAAAUCAAAAUGCCCAAGUUUACCUUUUCUAAACCUAAAGGGAAAGGUGGUGUCACCAGCUCACCAGAAGCAUCCAUUUCUGGGUCCAAAGGGGACCUGAAGAGCUCGAAGGCCAGCUUGGGCUCUCUGGAGGGGGAAGUGGAAGCUGAAGCGUCUUCCCCCAAAGGCAAAUUCUCCCUGUUUAAAAGUAAGAAGCCAAGACACCGCUCCAACUCCUUCAGCGAUGAGAGGGAGUUCUCAGCGCCUUCCACCCCAACUGGGACUCUGGAGUUUGCGGGUGGAGAAGCUAGAGGCAAACAUGGGAAGCUGAAGUUUGGCACCUUUGGUGGCUUGGGAUCAAAGAGCAAAGGUCAUUAUGAGGUUACUGGGAGUGAUGAUGAGGCAGGCAAGUUACAGGGGAGUGGAGUGUCCUUGGCCUCAAAGAAGUCCCGACUGUCUUCUUCCUCUAGCAACGACAGUGGGACCAAGGUCGGCAUCCAGCUUCCUGAGGUAGAGCUAUCAGUUUCUACAAAGAAAGAGUAGUGGGCCUUCAUGCAUGUACAUGUAUAUAUAUAUAUAUAUAAAACAUCAGCCUUGGGUGUGUUUGUAUAUAACUCCAAAGAGAAACACCCCAAUAGCCUCAGCAAUAAGGCAAAGAUCUUGCCUCCACCAGCGGCAAGUGCUGACAAACCAAACGCCUGUAGGCUUCUGGGACUCUGCAGCUACGUAAAGAGUUCUAAGUUCAUCUGACCCGCGUGCAAAGUCAACAGUAUUUGCCUUAAGAUUUCAGUUUUUGGUUUCUUUUUUCUUUCUUUCUUUCUUUUUUUUUUUUUUUUUUGCAUUGAACGCUGAGAGCUCGUGUUUACUAAGCAAGCUUUUGUGUUUAUCUUCCUUAUUUUUACUGAACAUGGUUAGUGCCUGGGUAAUGGAAACCCACUUUUUUUUCCAUUGUAAUGACUUUGGGGGCUUUCAUGAGUAAGGGAGGGUGGGAUAAAAGGUGGCAGAGAGGGCAAGGUCGUCAUUGCUCUGAGGGUUGGACCUGUGAAACCCCGGCAUGGCCCCGAGGAAAUGGGAGCCAGUAGGUGGUUGUUUCUCAAUCUCUGUAGCAUGACUUCUUAAUCCCCAGGUGUGUUAGUCCCAGCCUAGUUUGGUGCUCAAGGUGAGAGGGGAUUUGAAUCUGUUUGUCCAAUCCACCAGGUCAAUGUGAGGGGCUUACAUUCUGGGUUUGGUUAGAAAAGUGUUCAUACAUGACCGCUACGUCCUAAGAAAAAUUCCAAUAUUUUUUUUUAUCAAAUGUCAUCAUGAUUAAGGAAAUGUCUGGCACUUUAAUGGCAAAUUAAUUGAGAAUGUAUGAAAGUUGAUGCUGUACAAGCCAAAUAAAGCUCUUUAUUAACCCUGA